UUGUGUUGUGUUGUGUUGUGUUGUGUUGUGUUGUGUUGUGUUGUGUUGUUGGUCAGGUGAUGGUGUGGAUCCAUGGAGGAGGUCUGACAAUGGGUGCAGCCUCUCAGUAUGACGGUGCUCCAUUGGCUGCUUAUGAAAACAUAGUGAUGGUUAAUAUUCAGUAUCGCCUCGGCAUUCUGGGAUUCCUGAGCACCGGAGACGAACAUGCUCAGGGCAAUUGGGGUUUCUUGGAUCAGCUGGCAGCUCUGAGAUGGGUGCAGGAAAAUAUUGAGGUGUUCGGUGGAGACCCGCAAACUGUCACCAUUGCUGGAGAAUCAGCAGGAGGCAUCAGUGCAUCCAUACUGACUCUGUCUCCACAAGCCAAAGGAUUGUUUCAGAGGGCAAUUUUUCAAAGUGGAGUAGCAACACUUGGGACCUACACUACAAGCCAUCCUCUGGGCCACACCAAGAUUGUGGCCAACCUGACUGGAUGUGACCGCAGCACCACAGAGGAACUGGUCCAGUGUAUGAGAGGGAAAAGUAAAGAUGAGUUAGUGGAUGCAACCAAAAAGAUGAAAAUUUACCUGGGAGCCGUGGUGGACGGUGUGUUCCUGACUGAUACUGCUGAGGAGCUUUUCAAGAAGAAAGAAGUGCUGAAGGUUCCAGUGAUGAUGGGAAUAACCAACCAUGAGUUUGGAUGGAUCCUGCCUCAGAGCUUUGCCCCUCCUGGCUGGGAGAACGGGAUGAACAGAGAGUCUGUGCUGGCAGUGGUGAACAUGUUCAAUCCUACAGGGGCCUCCUCUGCCAACAGCCUCAUCACAGAUGAAUACCUGAAAGAUGCCAAAACUCCAGAGGAGAUCAGAGACAGAUUCACUGAAAUCAUAGGAGACCUCCUGAUGACGCUGCCUGUCGUCAAGGUGGCGGGUUACCACUCAGAUGUGGGUGUCCCAGUCUACAUGUAUGAGUUUAUAUAUCGUGCUGAGAUACACAAACACACCAGACCCAGCUUUGUGAAGGCAGAUCAUGCAGAUGAUGUCGGCUUCAUGUUUGGUGGAUGUUUCUGGGACGGACAAAUAAAAAUUAUUGGCACCAUUACCGAGGAUGAUGAAAGGCUUUGUAGGACCAUGAUGGCAUACUGGGCCAACUUUGUCCGUAGUGGCUCUCCUGACGGUCCUGGGCUGGUCAGUUGGCCUCAGUACGACAAGCAGAAGCAGGAGUACAUGGAGCUGGGCCUGACGCAGACUGUGAGACAGAAACUGAGGGAGGACAGAGUCCAUUUCAUUACCGUCACCCUUCCUCAGAGGCUGGAACUGUUAGCAGCAAACUGAUCACCACUACAUUCACAUUAUUUUUGUUAAGGUCUCAAGAUGAAGAUUUUUUUUUUUUUUUUUUUUUUACACAUUCUCAAUAUAACUAACUAGUAUGAUUACUUGUGCCAACUGAGCAUUAUACUGUAGGUCCAGUUGUCAACCUGGACCUCUUUACCUCUGUUUUAGAAAGGACUUACUGGGCUUCUCUUUCAAGUGUUUUAAUUCCAUUCAAGUGUCUUUUGUUGACAUACAUUUUGUAACAUAGCUGUAAUAAAAGGAA